GUUUUGUCAUUCGUCUGGAGGAAAUGCGCCAGUCUAUUCGCAUCAUGGAGCAGUGCUUGAACAAAAUGCCGCCUGGUGACAUCAGGAUUGAUGACGCGAAGAUCUCUCCUCCAAAGCGAUCCGAUAUGAAAUCUUCCAUGGAAGCCUUGAUCCACCACUUCAUACUCUUCUCCGAAGGUUAUCAGGUCCCUCCUGGUUCUACUUACACUGCGAUUGAAGCACCCAAGGGAGAAUUUGGCGUUUAUUUGGUUUCCGAUGGAAGUAGUCGACCUUACAGAUGCAAAAUAAAAGCCCCAGGAUUUGCACAUUUAGCAGCGAUAGAUAAAUUAUGCCGUGGGUUCCUUUUGGCCGAUGUGGUCGCUGUGAUCGGCACCUUGGAUAUCGUCUUUGGUGAAGUGGAUCGAUGACCGUCGACACUGUAAUCAACAACAUUUCUUGUGCUGUUUUCCUCUUGCUCGUUCUGAACGACGGCUGUGGAAACUACACCCGACUUACUGUUAUAGCCUUUAUUACUAUCAAUACAACUAUUGAUACAGCACAAUUUCCCCCCAUUUCCUCUUUGUUAUAGUGAAAUGUCUCUUCGUGAUGUAGUACUGUCAGUCAUCUUUCAAUUGUUGUCAUUUUUUAUAGACUCAUGGACUCCGACGUCUACUUCGGUGGAUUGCAUGCCAGCACUGUUUAUCCAUGAUGCUGCGGAAACAAUUUGUCAGAUGUCCAUUUCCUCCAUAUUUUUGCAUCCUGCCUCAAUAAUUUGUUUUAAGGCAAGAACCGUUCUGUACCCCACCUUCUUUCAAUUCUAUCUCAUUCGCAGCGCCCA